AUGAACUCAUAUUUUGAACAGGGCGGUUUCUAUGGUGCCCAUGGAGUGCACCAGGGCGGCGGUGGUGGAGAUCAGUACCGUGGGUUUCCCUUGGGGCUGACGUACGCCCAGCCACAUGCUCUACAUCAGCCGAGGCCACAAGACUCGCCGUACGAUGCAUCUGUAGCGGCUGCUUGCAAGUUAUACGCCGGAGAACAACAGUAUGGAAAAGCAGAUUGCUCAAAGACUGGAGCAGAGCAACAGAAUGGCUAUGGAGGGAAGGAAGCGUGGGGUUCAGGGCUGGGCGCGUUAGUAAGGCCCGCCGCGUGCACCCCAGAGGCGAGGUACAGCGAGUCAUCCAGCCCCGGAAGAGCUCUACCUUGGGGAAACCAGUGCGGCUUACCGGGGUCAGCAGCAGCAGCUCAACCAGUCCAACAUCAACCCACCAACCAUACCUUUUACCCUUGGAUGGCCAUUGCAGGUAUGUUCAUAUUUAAAUAA